AUGGCUGGCAACGCGCAGAAGAUUGGUAUGACUUGCCUGAACAAGAAAGAAUGGCGAAGGACUGAUCGUGGUACAGCCAUUCUGUCAGUCUAUGACAAGACAGGCCUGCUUGAUCUCGCCAAGGGUCUGGUGAAGAACGAUAUCAGGCUGCUUGCUUCGGGCGGUACGGCAAAAUUGAUCCGCGAAGGAGGCUUCCCUGUUGAAGAUGUCUCCGCCAUCACCAAAGCCCCCGAGAUGCUCUCCGGCCGUGUCAAGACCCUCCACCCAGCAGUGCAUGCAGGCAUCUUGGCGCGUGAUCUGGCCUCAGACGAACAGGACCUGGCUGAGCAGAACAUUGACAAGGUCGACUACGUGAUCUGUAACCUCUACCCUUUCAAGGACACCGUCAACAAGAUCAAUGUCACCGUCCCGGAAGCUGUGGAAGAUAUCGACAUCGGUGGUGUUACCCUCAUUCGGGCUGCGGCGAAGAACCAUGGACGUGUAACCAUCCUCAGUGACCCAGAGGACUACCAUGACUUCCUCUCCGAACUCGAAAAGGGAGAAGUGACCCAGAAAGCGAGGCAGCACUAUAUGCUGAAGGCUUUCACGCACACUGCGGACUACGACACUGCCAUCUCGAACUUCUUCCGCAAGGAGUACGCUGGAGAAGGCAAGCAGUACCUCAGUCUCCGUUAUGGCACCAACCCACACCAGAAGCCCGCGGCUGCCUACACCACCGAAGGACCGUUGCCGUUCAAGGUCCUCAACGGUUCACCAGGCUACAUCAACCUGCUCGACGCCCUCAACGCAUGGCCGUUGGUCAAGGAGCUGAGCGAGGCCCUGAACUACCCUGCUGCGGCCUCGUUCAAGCACGUCUCUCCCGCAGGCGCUGCGAUUGGCGUGCCUCUGAGUGAAAUUGAGCGGAAGGUGUACAUGGUGGAUGACAUUGAAGGCCUCUCCGACUCUCAUCUUGCGCAGGCGUAUGCUCGGGCGAGAGGAGCAGACCGCAUGAGCUCCUUCGGAGACGUCAUUGCGCUGAGCCACGAAGUCGACGUCCCCACGGCGAAGAUCAUCAGCAAAGAAGUCAGCGACGGCGUCAUCGCACCGGCUUACUCAAAAGAAGCACUCGAGAUCCUCAGCAAGAAGAAAGGAGGCAAAUACCUCGUCCUCGAGAUGGACCCAAACUAUACCCCACCCGCUCAGGAGUCAAGGACAAUCAACGGCAUAACCCUAACCCAGCACCGCAACGACGCCGCCAUCUCCCCCGACACCACCUUCACCACCAUCAUCACCCCUUCCAACUCCCCUCCGCUCCCGGAACCCGCCCUCCGCGACCUCACCGUCGCCACCAUCGCCCUCAAAUACACGCAAUCCAACUCCGUCUGCUAUGCCCUGAACGGCCAAGUCAUCGGCCUCGGCGCCGGCCAGCAGAGCCGUAUCCACUGCACCCGUCUAGCAGGGGAUAAAGCGGAUAACUGGUGGAUGCGGUUCCAUGAGCGGGCGAUCGGGAUCAAGUGGAAGAAGGGUACGAAGAGGGCGGAUAAGAGUAAUGCAAUUGACAUGCUUUGCUCGGGCGUGGUGCCGGAUACGGGCGUGGAGAGGGAGGAUUGGGAGAAGAGUUUUGAGGAGGUGCCGAAGAUUUUUACGCCGGAAGAGAGGAAGGAGUGGCUCUCUAAACUGUCUGAGGUCGCCUGCUCGUCGGAUGCGUUCUUUCCAUUCACUGAUAAUGUGUACCGCGCUGGAAGGAGUGGUGUCAAGUACAUCGCCGCGCCGACAGGAAGCCAAAACGACCAGCCGUGCUUCGAAGUCGCUGGACAGCUUGGCAUCAGCUUCAUCGAGCAGCCUAUCCGGUUGUUCCAUCACUAA